CAUUGUGUCAUCGAAGUUUUCAACAACAUUUGUAUUCCGUGAAAAAUCAAUUUAUUUUACAAAUAUUUUCAAGUUUUGAUUUCAUUACAUCAUUUAAUCACCGAAAAUGGCUAUGGCUAUGCAAAAUAAACGUGCUAAUCUACGUCUUCCACCAGAAGUAAAUCGGAUACUUUAUGUUCGUAAUCUGCCUUACAAAAUUACAUCUGAUGAAAUGUAUGAUAUAUUCGGUAAAUAUGGUGCAAUUCGACAGAUUCGUGUCGGUAAUACACCCGAAACAAAAGGAACAGCAUUUGUUGUAUAUGAAGAUAUAUUUGAUGCAAAAAAUGCCUGCGAUCAUCUAUCCGGAUUUAAUGUUUGUAAUCGAUAUUUAGUCGUACUUUAUUAUCAGCCGAAUAAAGCAUUCAAGAAAGUAGAUGUCGACAAAAAAGAGGCCGAAUUGGAUCAGCUUAAGAAACGAUACAAUAUCUAGACAUUAACAAGAUAUAUUAUAGUAUUCCUUUAAAAUGGAAUCUUUUUUUAUUCAUUUGUAAAUAAUAUCAACAAAAUUCAUUUUUUUAUAUGAAAAAAUAAUAAAGAAUUUCAUUUCCAAAAGGAAAAUUUGAGAACAAGAGAAAAAAUUAUUUACAAAAAAAAUCGUAAUCAAAGAAUUAUUGGUUGGCGGAUUUAUAACAAAAGCGAUGAUUAUUCGAUGAGGUA